GGACCCCCUUUCGCCAUGGCGAAAGGGGGGGUAGCGGCCCGCUGGAGACCACCCCCCCCCCCCUUUCGCCGGGGGCCGUGCGCAGUAACAAAAAUUGCGGCGCGGCGCGCGUGCCCGCUGCGAGAGGGCCUUGAGUUGCGCCCUGUGUUCGUGCUGCGGGAAUAGAAAAAAAUUCGCGCUGCGCGCGCCCCCUGCCAAUAGCCCGAGCAGGCUUAUCCUGUUCGUUUUAUUUGUUACCGCGCGCGCAUAAUGUGGCAAAUUUUGCGGGGCGCGCUGCGCGCGCCCGUUGCCGCGACAUUUGCAUCAUACUGCGUGCCUACUUCUGUAUUCGCCGGACCUGAGGGAGCGCGCAUGCCUCGCCCUCCCUCCGCCAGGGCCCGAGCCUUACAGCACAGGGCAAAAAAACUUCGGGCACGCCCGGCGUGCCCGCCGACUUGUCAAGCCCCCCCAAGCAGCACGGGGAGCCCGGGGUGAACACAUGGGGG